CCCACCAUUUUCCUCAGGCCGGGUUGGGUUGGGCUUAAGAAAAUAAUCUGUGACAUUGCCUGUUUUUAAUGCUAUUUUUAUUUUAUAUAAAGCUAUGGCGUGAUAAUCACAAUAUGUAAUAUUUUAAUAUGUAUUAAAAGUAACUUUUUAAAAAGUUGCACAAGUAUGCAGUGCACACUCCACUUGUCUGUAUUACACACUUGACUUGCAGCGCUGUACAAUGCAGUGCAUAGCCUUCUUACUGUUUUUUGUGGUGUUUUUGCACAUAUAGACUAUAAUCUCAAUAUAUAAAAUUGGUUUGUUUACAAAUUAUUUUCUAUUUUUAAACCAUGUUGAAUUAUAUUAGAUUAGAGGAAAGUCAUUUAGGCAUCAUUUUUGUAGCCUAAUUUACCUAGGUUUUGGUCUGUAGAUAAUUGUUUGCAUUGUUCAUGUUUUAAUCUUGCUGAGAUCUGUUCUUAAUAAACAUUUUUUUUAUAAUAAUAGGUCUAUGCUUCUUCAGUGUUGCAAUGUUAAUUAAUAUCAUUCUGAACAGAUUUCGAUCAUUUAAACAGCCUGAAAUUUUUAAAAAAAAAAAGCUAAGUUUUAACGCUCUACAAUUCGAUUUUAAUUCGGGCUUGGGCUCAAAAUGGCAGUGUACGGGGCGGGGCGGACUCCGGCUGAACAUGCACGGCUGUGGAUGAGGUUACAACUUCAGAGAACCCACAGCAUGUCGAGUGGUGUGAACAGGAAGGCGGUUCUCCGCACCACCAAAGUUAGAACAGCACUGAAGAAGGAUGGCAGCUGGAUCCGCCGGAGUACUGACCAAGAAGACCCCCCUCCACCACUUAAGCCUGUAGUUUUGGCUAAGCCUCUUUCACCCACAGUGAAGUCCAGCACCACGUCCACCCCAGAGACACUACAAAUCCCUGCCCCUCAGACUUCCUCCCCUUUAAGCCCCGCCCCACAGACCACUUCGACUUUAAGCCCCGCCUCACAGACUACUUCCCCUUCAAGCCCCACCCCACAGACCACUUCCCCAUCAAACGCUGCCCCUCAGAUAAUUUCCCCCUCAAACUCCUCCCCUCAGAUGACUUCCCCUCCAAACGCCACCCCUCAGACAAGUCCCACCUCUGGUGCCAGCCCCAAUCCUCCUACAGAAGCAAAAGGCAGGGUGGGUGGCUCAUACGUGCUUUCUGCAAUGAGGAAGUUUGAAUCUGACCCCAAUACCACUGCUGCACCUGCAGAGCCAAAGAAAGCACCUGUAAAAAAAGCUAUUGUAGAAUCACCUGUGCCACAGACACCUGCAGCAGAGACACCUGUGGCAAAGGCACCUGCAGCAGAAACCCCUGUGGCAAAGCCACCUGCAGCAGAAACCCCUGUGGCAAAGCCACCUGCAGCAGAAACUUCUGCAGCAAAGCCACCUGCAGCUGAAACCCCUGUGGUAAUAGCACCUGCAGCAGAGACACCUGUGGCAAAGGCACCUCCAGCGGAAACCCCUGUGGUAAAAGCACCUGCAGCGGAAACCCCUGUGGUAAAAGCACCUGCAGUAGAAACACCUGUGGCAAAGGCACCUGCAGUGGAAACACCUGUGGUAAAAGCACCUGCAGCAGAAACCCCUGUGGUAAAAGCACCUGCAGCAGAGACACCUGUGGUAAAAGCACCUGCAGCAGAGACACCUGUGGCAAAGGCACCUGCAGUGGAAACCCCUUUGGUAAAAGCACCUGCAGCAGAGACACCUGUGGCAAAGGCAACUCCAGCGGAAACCCCUGUGGUAAAAGCACCUGCAGUAGAGACACCUGCACCAAAGGCACCUGCAGCAGAGACACCUGUGGCAAAGGCACCUGCAGCAGAAACACCUGUGGCAAAGGCACCUGCAGCAGAGACACCUGUGGCAAAGGCACCUGCAGCGGAGACCCCUGUGGUAAAGGCACCUACAGCAGAAACCCCUGUGGUAAAAGCACCUGCAGUAGAAACCCUAGUGGUAAAAGCACCUGCACCAGAGACACCUGUGGCAAAGGCACCUGCAGCAGAGACACCUGUGGCAAAGGCACCUGCAGCGGAGACCCCUGUGGUAAAGGCACCUACAGCAGAAACCCCUGUGGUAAAAGCACCUGCAGUAGAAACCCUAGUGGUAAAGGCACCUACAGCAGAAACCCCUGUGGUAAAAGCACCUGCAGUAGAAACCCUAGUGGUAAAAGCACCUGCACCAGAGACACCUGUGGCAAAGGCACCUGCAGCAGAGACACCUGUGGCAAAGGCACCUGCAGCGGAGACCCCUGUGGUAAAGGCACCUACAGCAGAAACCCCUGUGGUAAAAGCACCUGCAGUAGAAACCCUAGUGGUAAAAGCACCUGCACCAGAGACACCUGUGGUAAAAGCACCUGCAGCGGAGACCCCUGUGGUAAAAGCACCUGCAGCAAAACCCCCUGUGGUAAAAGCACCUGCAGCAGAGACACCUGUGGCAAAGGCACCUGCAGCAGAGACCUCUGUGGCAAAGGUACCUGCAGUAGAAACACCUGUGGCAAAGGCACCUGCAGCAGAAACCUCUGUGGCAAAGGCACCUCCAACAGAAACCCCUGUGGCAAAGGCACCUCCAACAGAAACCCCUGUGGCAAAGGCACCAGUAGCAGAAACCCCUGUGGCAAAGGCACCUACAGCAGAAACCCCUGUGGCAAAGGCACCAGUAGCAGAAACCCCUGUGGCAAAGGCACCAGUAGCAGAACCCCCUGUGGCAAAGGCACCAGUAGCAGAAACCCCUGUGGCAAAGGCACCUGCAGCAGAAACACCUGUAACAAAGGCACCUGCAGCAGAGGCACCUGUGGCAAAGGCACCAGCAGCAGAAACACCUGUGGCAAAGGUGCCUGCAGCAGAAACCCCUGUGGCAAAGGUACCGGAAGUAAAAACACCUGCAGUAGGAACACCUUUGGUAAAGGCACCUGAAAUAAAAACACCCACUGCUGAACCCCCUGUGGCAAAGGCACCUGCAACAGAAACUCCUGUGGCAAAGGCACCUGAAGUGAAAACACCUUUAGUUGAAACACCUGUGGCAAAGAAACUAGUAGUGGAAACACCAGUGAUAAAAGCACCUGUUGCACAAACACCUCUUGCAAAGGUACCUGAAGUGAAAAUCACUCCACCAGAAAUACCUGCUGUGAAAGAACCUAAAGUAGAUCCUCCUGUUUCAAAGACGUCUAUAACAGAACUAUCUAAGGAGAAAGUACCUGUAGCAGGAAUAACUGUGGCAAAGUCGCCUGAUGUUCAACCACCUGCCACAGAAGUACCUGCAGCAAAGCCAUCUAUAGUAGAAACCCCUGUGGCAAAGGCACCUGAAGUUAAAGCCCCUGUUAUAGAAACACCAGCCAAGACACCUGAAGUAAAACAACCUGAAGUAACACCUGUUGUUGAAAAGGGUAAACCUGUAGUUGUAGCAUUUUCACAGCCUGACACAAAACCUGCUGCUGCUGUGGAAAGUCCAGCAGAGGGCUCCAGCAAAACACAAACCUUUGCUGAGCUGUGCUCAUUCUGUAACAAGCCUGUGGAUGGAAAUGUGAAAAUCUCUUUGAACAUUCCUCCGAUCUGCUGCCACCCAGAAUGCUUUAAGUGUGGUACGUGCGGUAAGCCGCUGGGUGACCUGCUCUUCUCCAUGUUCCACCAUGAGGGGAAGAUUUACUGCAAUGCCUGUUUCGAAGCCGUCAUGCACUUCUGAUAAUUCGCUCCACAACAACCGAUGCAUCACACCCAGCAGCCCAUGGCCACCUCGGAACUAUCAUGGCAAACUCACAAGCCACUUAAACCAAACCUAUUAACAAGCACAUUCAAACUGGCCAAUCAGCAUUGAGCACUAUGCAUUGAGUCUUGUCUUUUUUAUUCUAACAAUAAUAAUAUAAUCUGUAAAUGACAUUAAACAUGUUUUAUCUUCUGUGUGUAACCUGAUUAACAUUGUCCUAAAGAGCGACAAUAAAAUGUCCACUGAACUGCA